GCAUUGCGCGUAGCAGCAAACAUGGCGGAUAAAAUGAAUGAAGGAAGCUGUUAAUGGUUACAAACUCGGAAUAAACUUAUUUUACAUACAUCUAGACACAUUUAAUAGAAGUAUUAACUACACCGAGAUUAUGACCAUGGCACUCUCCCAUAAUUGAUAUUUAAAAAGGUGAAGUGAUGUCGUUCCCUGAGCCCAGGCCGCAGGCUCCGCAGCUGCCUCGACACCUGCUCCGGACCAUUGAGUGCCAGCAAGGAGCCGUCAGGGCGGUCCGCUUCAACGCGGAUGGGAACUACCUGCUGUCCUGCGGCAGCGACAAGUCUCUGAAGCUCUGGAGCGUGAGCCGGGGCACUCUGCUGAAGACGUACAGCGGCCACGGAUACGAGGUCCUGGACGCCGACGGGUCCUACGACAACAGCCACCUGUGCUCCUGCAGCUCCGAUAAGACGCUGAUCCUGUGGGACGUGGCCACGGGCCAGGUCACACGCAAACUCAGAGGUCACGCCGGGAGAGUCAACUGUGUCCAGUUCAACGAGGAGGCGACCGUCAUCUUGUCUGGGUCCCUCGACGGGACCGUCCGCUGCUGGGACACCAGGUCCAGAAGGUUCGAGCCGAUCCAGGUUCUCGACGAGGCUCGGGACGGCGUGAGCAGCCUGAAGGUGGCUCAGCACGAGCUGCUUACGGGGUCGGUGGACGGCAGAGUGAGGCGCUACGACCUCCGGAUGGGGCAGCUGCACGUGGACUUCAUCAGCAGUCCCAUCACGUGCGUGUGUUUCAGUCAGGACGGGCAGUGCACGCUGAGCUCCAGUCUGGAUUCGACCGUCAGGCUGCUGGAUAAGACCACGGGGGAGAUGCUGGGGGAGUACACGGGACACAAGAUGAAGGGCUACAAGCUGGACUGCUGCCUGUCCAGUAAAGACACGCACGUCCUGAGCUGCUCCGAGGACGGACACGUCUACUGCUGGGACCUGGUGGAGGGUUCGUUGUCCUUGAAACUGCCGGUGGGGAAAGCUGUGGUCCAGUCGCUGUCCUUCCACCCCACGGAGACCUGCCUCCUCACAGCCAUGGAGGGGCGUGUCCAGGUAUGGGGGGCGGAGCCUGAGCAGGACGCCGAGGCCACAUAGAGAUGGUUUUAUUUUGGUCAGAAGUGACCUCUGACCCACAGUGUUCAUCUCUCUGAUGCCCAACACACGUUGUACACGUUUGUACCUGCACACAUAUAUUUUUGUAUAAAACCUUGAAUUAAAACACCUUGUUAAUUUCU